AUGUCCUUUAAAUUUACUUUCAACACCUACAAUGGAGAGAAAACAGACCGGAGUGCAAUAACCACAGUGGAACGCACUGUGGAACGCAUGGCUACGAAAACUGCCGAAACCGGAAGUGACGUAUCGGCCGAGAAAGAGGAAACAGAAAUCAGAAUGAGGCUUGGAACGCAGG